AUAUAUACUGCUUGUGUGGGAGAAGUUUCUUCUCCCCACGCAAAAUAGGGCGGCGAGGCGACGUCGCCUAGUGUUUCUACCUGCGUGGGGAGAAGAAACCGAGGUUUCCUUCUCCCGACGACGCUCGGUUUCUUUUCCCCACGACGUCGCCGAGGCUUCUUCUCCUCGCGCGGAUGAGAAGUCACCGACGAUGUCGAGGCCUCAUUGCCUCAGACGAGGAGGAGGCGACAUCUCAUCUGCGGCAUCCGGCGAGGGAGGGCGGCGACCGAUCGGUAUCGUCGAGGGAGAGCGGCACAAUGACCUGUGUCAUGCGUGCUAAUGGUUGAAUUUACUGCAAAAAAAUGAAUGGUCAGUAUAGUUGUGUCUCCUUUCCUUGUGUUUGUAUGGGAGAACAUGCUGGAGUUAUGAAGUAUAAGAUCUAUUUGCUCGAGGUGCCUUUGUUCAUGCUUCAACUAUUGAUCUAUUUGUCAUCAAACCUUUCCUGCAUGGUGUCCUUGAUCUGCAUAGACAUUCUACCAUGCAAUUGUUUCUUAUAGAAGUGAAUUUUCUGUUUUAUGACCUGUAGUUGCAUAAGGGAUGUUUUCUAUUUUGCAUGAUCUUUUUCCUUUUUUCUGAGAUAUAUUAUUGCUUGAUAUUUCUGUUAAUGGCAUUUGUUUCUCUCAGGUAUAUGUGCACAGAAAAUUGAUGAUAGUUGAUGAUCAAGUUGCAUUGGUUGGUUCAGCUAAUAUAAAUGAUAGAAGCUUGCUAGGAUCAAGAGAUUCCAAGAUUUAUUUGACUUUCUAUACUUAAAAAAAAAUAAUGUUUAGAGAAAAAUGCUAGUGAUAUUAUGUUACCUAGAUUGUCCUAAUUCUGUAACUUUACUAUUUUCAUUGAGAACAUGCCUUGAACAAUUUUUUUAGUUUUAAUCAACAAUGUACUUUUCUUGUGGUAAUGUAUGAUGAAUACUCUGUAGUUUGUUUCUUGUUCAUGUUCAUAUAAUUCGAGUAGUAAAAGAUGAAUGUUUAAUAGAUUGUUGUUUGUUCUGUUUUACCUUUUGCAUGGUGGCUCUUGAAGGACAAACAUAAUUUACCUAUUGCUAGUAGGUUUAUUUUCCAUUAAAAAUUAGUAGCUUUAUUUCUAUGAUGUGAUUGAUGGAUGUCAUAUGAUUUGGAGGCAUUCCUAUUGCUAGUAGGUUAUGCUGAAACUUUCCCCUUCUUGUAGAGUACCAGCAGACAGCAGUAAGUUAUACAAAAAUGUAUAAUAAAAGAUAAUUAUGCCAUGGAUGUCCAUGAUGUUGAGCUUUAUGUUUAAGUGGGUUUCAGGCAUCCAACUGUCAAAAAUGAUGUUGCUGGAGCUUGUUUCAGUUAGUCGGAUCGAUGUGCUUAUAGAAGAUAAAGAAUUUGUUGAAUCACUUAUGGAUGGACAAUCAUGGAAAGCUGGAAAUUUUUCUCGUAGUCUUCGCCUCUCACUGUGGCUGGAACACCUGGGUCCCGUGUUGGACAGAUCAAUCAGAUUCAGGAUCCUGUCGCCGAUGCAACAUACAGGGACAUCCGGAUGGCGACUGCUAAGACUAACACCACGAUCUACCGUGAUGUCUUUUCAUGUGUCCCCAAUGAUCCUAUCCACUCCAGGUACUAUUUUAUGCUUCAGCUUUCCUAUUAUAUUUCAUGCUACUUUCUUUUGGACAACAUCAAAUAUCUUCAGAUCUGCUUUCCGGCAAAGCACCAACUACUGCAAGGAGAAAAUUGGGCAUACAACCAUCGAUUUAGGAAUUGCUCUCGAGAAGCUGGAGGCCUAUCAGAAUGGAGACAUCAAAAACACGGAUCCAAUGGAGAGAGUACAGUCAGUGAGAGGUCACCUUGUUUCUUUUCCUUUGGAUUUUGCACAUGUGCAACGAGGAUCUGAGGCCGGGUUUCAUCAAAGGUGAAUUCUAAGCAUCUCGAGUGUUCCACUAAGCAGUAUAUGUUUGUAAAAUUGAAGGUUGUGCACAUGCAUUAUUACACAACCACAUUGAUGUUAAUGAACAUGUCAAGCAUUUGUAACAAUAUAAAAGAAUAAAAAAGGUGAGGCUCCUUGAAGGAGCAAAACAUAA